GCUCUUUCCUCGACCUUGAGCCAAAGCCCCGUUUGAAAGGGCACCUUUGUAGUCACAAUGUGGUGUUCCUUGAGUACAGCGGCAUGUCCCGAUAUUGGCAAAACUUCAAGAGCAAGGCAGCCACUCUGUGGAGUCCACUCUGCUCAGCUCUCCAGCUGGCUCUGACUCCCACUCCCCUUGAGGAUCACUGAGGUCAGCCAUGUCAUCUGAACCUCCUCCGCCACCACAGCCCCACACCCACCAGGCUUCAGUUGGGCUGCUGGACACCCAUCGGGCCCGCAAUCGCUCACCGUCCCCUCUUCGGGGCAACGUGGUCCCCAGCCCACUGCCCACUCGCCGGACAAGGACCUACUCUGCGACGGUGAGGGCCUCCCAGGGCCCGGUCUACAAAGGAGUCUGCAAGUGCUUCUGUCGAUCCAAGGGCCACGGCUUCAUCACCCCAGCAGACGGCGGCCCCGAUAUCUUCUUGCACAUCUCCGAUGUGGAAGGGGAGUAUGUCCCAGUGGAAGGUGACGAGGUCACCUAUAAGAUGUGCUCCAUCCCACCCAAGCACGAGAAGCUGCAGGCUGUGGAGGUGGUCAUCACCCACCUGGCGCCGGGCACCAAGCACGAGACCUGGUCUGGCCACGUCAUCAGCUCCUAGGGGAGGCCAGAAGCACUCCUUCUCCUGGGCUUGGGGGAGACUUUGGGGGGAGGAGGAGGCAGGACCCUACUGGACAUGACAUUGCGCUGCCCGAGAUACACCUCAAAGUGGGGGAGUGUGGUUCCUUUCAAGUGUCUCCUGGAGGAAGGGUGUCGGGCAGGCACAGGGGUGUCCUGGCCACCAGCACAGUCUCUGACCAUCACAACAACUUCACCAUCUGAAAAGUAUUAAAAGCAUUGAACAAGGCAAGGUGCAGGCUGGUGGCUGAGUAGAGGGUCCAACCGUCGUCCUGGGGGUGGGUCAGGUGGUAUUUCUCCAGCCCACAGAGUCCCUCAUCCCCGGCCCCCUGGGGUUGGAGGCUCAAAAUUCUGCUAGGUGGUGACAGGGCUGCUGUGUGUCUCCCCAGCAUGACUUACCACCCAGUGCCCCCUUCUUGUGCCUCCUUGGCCCUGGACGCAGCAGGCAUUUUUGUAGAUUCUAGGCUGGGCUGGUUCCAGGGGAGCUGGCUUCAGGGGGUGGGGGGAGAGGGUGGGAGUAAGGUCUUGGGUGCCUUUGUAGCAGGAGGUGUCCCAGCUAGGUGUCCGGAAAAGUCUGCCCAAGAGCCCUUAGCCCUCCACCUGGGCAUGCCUUGCUGAGAGCGGAGCUCUGGCCCUCAGGAGCCUGGCUUUUCCCCUUGUCUCCAAGUUGAGUGAUUACAGCUCAGCAGCCAUUUCCCAUCCCCUGGCAUGUGGGUGGUGGGUGGGGGAGGGAGAAGGGAGUGGAGAGGGGAGGGUGUUUGUUGAAAAACAGAGCUUUCUCCCACCCAGAAAAGAGUAGGUAGCUUGCUUUCUGACAGCCUGGUAAAGUCAAACGGUGAAGGAGAAACACACCUUCAGUGAAGGGGUUUUCUUGAAAGCGGCUGUGAAGCAAUGCUUAGGAGGUUUUGUUUGUAAAUAACUGGGGCUGUCACCCGGAGCCAGCUCUGUUUACGUUUCAGCGUUGUGAAACUUUGUACGUAGUUCCAGUAAACAAGCCUUUGGGAUUUUACUUGCUGUGGUUUGGUUUGGCGUUAGUUAUGAUUUCAACAUAGAAAUAGCUGGGUGAUAUGUUUUGAAAUAUGUGGCUUAUAUGUAGUCAAGAAUCCAUUUGUCAACACGGGGACGUGACUCCCUUACAGCUGGCUUUUGGGCAGACCAGGAUGUUCCAGACGAAAAACAGGACUUUGGAUGCAGGGAGCAGUACCUGGUUUCAUCGGGUGUCUUCCGUUCCUGAGACAGCUUCAUGUUUCAGCUCAGAGACGUCUUCAUUGGAAGGGGGUGGGAGGCUGGAACUGCUUUGCUGAUGGCUGGUGCAGUUGUUUUAAAACAGACAAGUAAGUGUGUUGAUGUGUGUGCAGUGAAACAUCACGGUUACAUGACUUGAUCCGCUUUUCCCUGGCCCGUUGUGUCCCUUGAAGGGUCCUCUGCCUCCUGGCUCUGCCCUCUGCUGGGUCCAAGGUGGCCUUUGCCUGCUGGCCUUGAAUGUGCUCCAGGUGGUCCCUGAAGGCCUGUUGGGUCCAGGCUUCCAGAGCCACUUCUGCCAAGAGCCCGAGUCUUGUGUGUGACUCCAGCAGACUUCACCUGCCAGUGGGUUGGGAAUUGGAUGUACUGUAGAGGUGACCUCUGUGUGGACAGGAAUCCUUUGUGAAGGGCACUUGCAGUCCUUGUGUGACCACAUCUCCUUCACUGGAUGAGUGUGCUAGCACUGCAGGGUGUUAGAGCUGGAAGGGCCGCCCUCCCCACGCAGAGUCUCAAUGGGCAGAAACUCCUGGAGGCUCUGGGAGGACUUAUGUAUGGUGUUGGUGACCCUGCUGGGAGUAGCAUCCAGGAUUCCUAAAUCCAGAUCUUUCCUCCCACCGGCCACCUUCCUCUCAAUAAAGUCUGUUUUGCCCAAG